AUGUCUUCUGGAUUCUCCGGUGGAGGUUCCGACUUCUUCACCGCCGGCGGGAGACCCAUCAUGAACAACCUUAACCCACAACAGCAAGUUUCUUACAGGUCCACUCUCGCCGGGAUUCUACCCGAUCCGGCUUCUCAGAUCAUGCCUUCCCGACGACCGGAUUUGAUAGGAAAACGAUCUCUGGCAGUUUUUCAACAGCAAAGCCUUCUUCAACAGCAACAGAUGCAUAAUCAAAACGGGUUGGGGUUUUAUCUGCGGAACGUGAAGCCCAGACCAAAUUAUCAACAUGCAUCUCCGGUAUCUCCUUUAUCUCUUGUAGAUUUCUCGCCAGUUUCCUCCAUUUCAACAGAAGUCGCCGCAAUUUCGAAUUCCUCGGCGGUAAAUGGAAACCCGCAGUAUGGAGUUCCAAUUCUUCAUCAACUCAGACCACAAAAUAUGAAUAAUGUUCCAAUGGGUUCUUCGUUCCCGAAUCUAGUUCAGAACGGAGCGGACUCGGGUGUAAAUUCGGGUACAGUUUCUGGUCAGGAGUGCUUAUCGAAGCAAGAGUCGGAGAAGAAGCUGAUGAAUCAUCGGUUACAGGAGCUGGAGAAACAGCUAUUGUGCGACGAAGAUGAAUGCGAAGCGGUGUCUGUGGUGACCAACAGUGAGUGGUCUGAUACGAUCCAAAAUCUGAUAAGCCCAACCCAGAAGCCAAUUUCGCCAUCUCCGACUUCUUCUUCCUCGUCAUGUGCAUCCACUUCUGCUUCUCCGCCGCUGCCUUGCCCCAAGCAGAGCAUGAUCGACGCCUCAGUUGCUAUCUCCGAAGGGAAGACAGAAAUUGCAUUGGAAAUUCUCACGCGCCACCGUCAAGUGGCCUACGCAACAGGCACUUCUGAACAGAGGCUCGCCGCCUAUUUAGCCUCCGCUUUGAAGUCGCGCGUGAAUCCCUCCAAUAAUCAAUUGGCGGUGUCGGAGCUGUACACUAAUGAACAUGCUAUCACGACUCAAAUGUUGUACAAUGUUUCGCCGUGUUUUAAGCUCGGAUUCAUGGCAGCAAACCUUGCCAUCCUCGAAGCUACCUCGGAUCAGUCAUUUAACAAGCUUCAUGUCGUGGAUUUUGAUAUUGGGCAAGGUAGGCAGUAUGAGCAUUUACUUCAUGCUCUCGCCGCCAAAAAUGGCGGAAAAAAGGCGGCGGUUUUGAAGAUCACAGCCUUCACGGAUUUUAUGAGCGGCGGCGAAGAGAAGCUGAAGAUAGUUGGAGAGGAACUUAAAGUAUUAGCGAGUAAAAUUGGUGUUUGCUUCAGUUUCUGCAUGAUGAAUUCGAAUUUUCGUGAGUUGACACGGGAGAAACUCGCCGUGGACUCUGAUGAAGCUUUGGCUGUGAAUUUUGCGUUUAAACUUUUUAAGUUGCCGGACGAGAGUGUGACGACGGAGAAUUUGCGCGAUGACCUGCUCCGUCGGGUUAAAGGAUUGUCGCCAACUGUGGUGACGGUGGUGGAGCAGGAAAUGAACGCCAACACCGCGCCGCUGGUGGCGCGUGUCAAGGAGGCCUGCGAGUAUUACGGUGCAUUGUUUGACUCGUUGGACGCGACAGUUUCCAGGGAUAACUCAGACAGAGUCAGAAUCGAGGAGGGACUGGGUCGAAAGAUGUGCAACUCGGUUGCGUGCGAAGGCAGAGAUCGUGUUGACAGAUGCGAGGUGUUUGGCAAGUGGCGGGCCCGGCUGAGCAUGGCCGGGUUUCAAUCCAGACCCGUGAGUCCACACGUUGCGGACUCACUCCGAUCCAAACUCAAUUCAGGGAUACGUGGCAAUCCAGGCUUCACCGUGAAUGAACUUUGUGGCGGCAUCUGCUUUGGUUGGAUGGGACGAACACUCACCGUCGCAUCGGCUUGGCGUUAA